AUGCACGAGGACCUGAAUGCCUUCCCUGCGGCGUACUUCUAUGGUGGUCGCGUGCGUACAGACCCCGGCAUCUUGGCUCGGGCUCCUGGACGCUUGGCGCAUCCUGGACGGCCCUCCAAGCCGGAAGCCUUGCUCUUUUGGUCCUCGCCUUCGGCACCGGAGCAGAUCUCGCAAGUGCGGACGGCCUCCAGCAGUGCGAAGAGUCGCUUCAAUCCGGCAGAGGCAGUACGUGCCGCUGAGUUGGCCAAGGCCUUGGCUGCGAAGGUGGGCGGCCAGCGCGUUGCAAUCCUCACCUGGUACAACGCCCAAGUUCAGCAGCUCAAUGAAAUUCUCGAAGGCACUGGAGUCUACGUCGGCGGCGUCGUGAGCUCGCAGGGCAACGAAUGGGACUAUGUGCUUCUGAGCACGGUGCGAAGCACGCCUGGCGGCCUGGGGGCCCUAGAGGACGAGCAUCUCUUGGACGUGGCACUCACGCGAGCUCGCCUAGGCAUGUGCGUGCUGGGCACCAGCGAAACCCUGCGGCGCAUCACCGCUUGGUCCUGCUUCCUGGACCAUUGCGAGGCCAAGCAGCUGGUCACUGGCUCGCAACCUGUGGUUCUUGGAGGCGAUCUGAGGUGA